AUGGUUGAUAAAGAAACUUCAAGAGUUUCCAGCCUUUGGUCCCUUCAAUACACCUAUCAGGCAAUCAGAAACCACACCAGCAUCGCUGACUUCCUGCUCCUGGGCUUCUCUGAACACCCAGAGCAGCUGCCUCUCCUGUUUGGCCUCUUCCUGGGCAUGUACCUGGUGACUGUGUUGGGGAACCUGCUCGUCAUCCUGGCCAUAGUUGCUGACCAGCACCUCCACACCCCCAUGUACUUCUUCCUGGCCAACCUGUCCCUCAUCGAUACCUGCUUCUCCUGCACCAUUGUCCCCAAGGUGCUGGUGAACAUCCUCACACAACACCACACCAUCUCCCACACUGGGUGCCUCGUGCAGAUGUACUUCUUCAUGGCACUGGCCCUGCUGGACGACUUCCUGCUGGCCGUGAUGGCAUAUGACCGCUACGUGGCCAUCUGUCUUCCUCUCCACUACACCACGAUCAUGUGUCCCCAACGCUGCCUGCUGCUGGUCGCCGCAUCCUGGCUCUGCGCCCACCUCCUGGCCUUCUCCCUCACCCUCCUCAUGUCUCAGUUCUCCUUCUGUGCCUCCCAUUCCAUCCCACACUUUUUCUGUGACCUUCUCCCUCUCCUCAAACUUGCCUGCUCAGACACCCAGCUCUUUCAGGUCAUGAUGUUUGCUGAAGCAGCCCUCUCGGGUGUGGUCCCUCUCGCCUGUGUCCUGGUCUCUUACGCCCACAUCAUGCACACCAUCCUCAGGGUCCCCUCGGCUGGGGGGAAGCACAAAGUCUUCUCGACCUGUGGCUCUCACCUGACAGUGGUCACUCUCUUCUAUGGAACUGUCUUUCUGGUGUAUUUCCAGCCCGCAUCCUCCUACUCAGCAGACACUGGAAUGCUGGCAUCUGUGGUGUAUACGACGGUCACCCCCAUGCUGAACCCCUUCAUCUACAGCCUGAGGAACAGGGACAUGAAAGGCGCUCUGUGGAGGCUCUCAGGCUGGGGAAGAUGUUCCCCCCCAUGA